AUGGCGCCGCCGUUCCUCAAGACCGGGCACGGCCGCGACUCCAGGUUCUCCUUCAGGCGGCGCAAGUCGGGCAAGGCGUCGUCGACGCCCUCGUCGCCGCUCUCGUCGGUGUCGUCCUCGGCGUCGUCGGAGGACGUGGUCCUCGACCCUGGGAGCCCGACGAUGGAGCCGUCGACCAAGACCCAGACGCUGCCGUGCGCCAGGCGGAUGCUCUCCCGGAGCAGCUGCGGGUCCAGGGGCAAGCUGUCGGUCGACCUCAUCCCGGCGCCGCUCGCCGGCGGCCCGUCCGACGCGCCCAGGCCCUCCACCUCGGCCGCGCCGCCCCCCAAGCCCGCGCCCCGGCCGGAGGGCCCGCCAUCAGACAUGGACAUGGUGAAGGAGAAGUUCUCCAAGCUGCUGCUGGGGGAGGACAUGUCCGGCAGCGGCAAAGGAGUCUCCUCGGCUCUUGCUCUGUCCAAUGCCAUCACCAAUCUUGCAGCUUCCGUGUUCGGUGAGCAGCGGCGUCUCCAACCGAUGGCCCCUGAGCAGAAGGCUCGGUGGACAAAGGAGAUCGACUGGCUUCUCUCCGUCGCCGAUUUCAUCGUCGAGUUCGUUCCUUCACGCCAGGUGGCCGAGGAUGGCAGCACCAUGGAGGUUAUGAUAACUCAGCAACGCAGAGAUCUGCUGAUGAACGUCCCGGCAUUGCGCAAGCUUGACGGAAUGCUCCUUGACUAUCUCGAUAGUUUCAGCGACAAGCAGGAGUUUUGGUAUGUGAAGAAAAAUGACAAUGAAUCUGAGAAGGGCGACGCGGCAGAGCAGAGUGACAAGUGGUGGCUCCCGACGGUCAAGGUCCCUCCCGAGGGUCUGUCAGACUCGACGAGGAGAUGGCUUCAUCACCAGAAGGAGCUUGUCAACCAAGUCUUGAAGGCAACAAUGGCCAUCAAUGCUAAUGUUCUCAUGGAGAUGGAUAUUCCAGAAGCUUACAUGGAGACUCUGCCUAAGAACGGGAAAUCUACCCUCGGGGACUCGAUGUACAAGCUUAUAACCGACGAUUAUUUCGACCCCGAAGAACUCAUAGCAACGGUAGACCUGUCGAACGAGUACAACAUUGUUGAUCUGAAGAACCGGAUCGAAGCAUCGGUCGUCAUUUGGCAAAAGAAAAUGCAGAGGGACGGCAAGUGGGGCCAUGGCGUCAGCCACGAGAAGCGGGGUCGAUUCGAGGGGAGGGCAGAGAACGUUCUUCUCCUCCUCAAGCACAGAUUUCCAGGGAUUUCCCAAUCAGCUCUGGACAUCAGCAAAAUCCAGUACAACAGGGAUGUUGGGAGUGCCAUUCUGGAGAGCUACUCAAGGACGCUCGAGAGCCUAGCCUACACCGUAAUGUCCCGCAUCGAAGACGUUCUCCACGCCGACGCCCUCGCCCAAGACCCCAAGAAUGGGGACUCAAUGAGGAUGCCGAGCUUAACAACCGACGACACAGACACAGUGGUCCAAGACGCCAAGGACGAGAUGGGGAGGCUGGGAAGGAUGGAGCCGGUUAACUCGACAUUGUUCGACUACGUGGGGCCCCGGGACGGCACCAUCGAGACCAUGAUACUAGGGUCGCAGGAUCCCCAAGGUAAGAAGCUGAGCAAGAUCUCGAAGAUCGGCACCAAGAGGUACUCCUACCUGGACAAGCUUGAGAACCUGGGCGGAGCACGGAGCCCCAUAUCUAGACACUAG